GCAACAUUUUAAAAAGAAAGUGAAGUGAAAGAAAUGAAUUUACGAGAAUAGGUCGCAAGUCGUAUAGAUUUUUGGUUGAUUUCCUUUUCACUUUGCUUUCAUAUUCUCCAUAAGAUCUAAUAAACUAACGUUUAUUUGUGUCCUUGAUUAUAGUUUGAUUCAGCGAUUUCGGUGCCGUAACACCGAAAACAUUAAGUACAGCUGAAGUGUGAACUGGCAUCUUAUUGAUUUUCUUGCCUUGCAUAUGCUUUCAAGCAACGCGAAGUGGUAUUUGCCUUAGUUAUCGUGAAACUCACAGUCUGAUUGGAAGUUUUUUAUUAUUAAUAGUUUGAUUAUCGCAUCUAGUCGCAUUUUACCGUUUUCGGUAUAAACAGAAGUGAAAAUGAUGGCAAAUGCACUUGACACGGUGAACGCGAAUCAACCCACGCAAAAUGGGAGUAAGUUGCAACCGAGCAAUAAUGAAUCAAAGACCAAUCUUAUUGUUAACUAUUUACCACAAACGAUGACCCAAGAAGAAAUACGCUCUUUAUUUUCAAGCGUCGGCGAAGUAGAAAGUUGCAAGCUAAUAAGAGACAAAGUGACAGUGUUCCCUGACCACAUUUUGAAUGGGCAAAGUCUUGGAUAUGCUUUCGUCAAUUACCACAAAGCAGAAGAUGCAGAGAAAGCUGUGAAUACACUUAAUGGUUUGAGACUCCAAAAUAAAAUAAUUAAAGUUUCAUAUGCUCGCCCUAGUUCUGAUGCGAUCAAAGGCGCCAACCUCUACGUGUCUGGUUUACCUAAGCAUAUGACACAGCAGGAGUUGGAGAAGUUAUUCAGUCCUUAUGGCAACAUCAUUAGCUCACGGAUUCUCCAUGAAAAUGUGAAUGUUGGUCACCUGCUGCAGGUUGGAGCAGAAGAGUCAUCCAUCCAGGGUCCAUCGCGAGGAGUGGCUUUUAUACGUUAUGACCAGCGAUGUGAAGCAGAGGCAGCGAUACGUGAGUUGAAUGGCACCAUUCCUCCUGGAGGGACCGGGCCAAUUACAGUUAAAUGUGCAAAUAACCCCAGCAAUCAAAACAAGGCAUUAGCUCCAUUGGCUGCGUAUUUGGCUCCAACAGCUGCCCGGCGCUUUGUGGGCCCUGCUGGCAAGGCAUUGCUGGCCAUCAACAAGGGCCUCCAAAGAUUUUCUCCUUUAGCAGAUCCUCUCAUCCAAGGUAAUGCAUUAGGCGGUUCGGGCUGGUGCAUCUUUGUGUACAACAUUGGAGCUGAUACAGAGGAGAGUGUGCUAUGGCAGCUAUUUGGCCCAUUUGGUGCCGUCCAGAGUGUUAAAAUUAUAAGGGAUCCCACCACCAAUAAAUGCAAGGGUUAUGGCUUUGUCACCAUGACUAAUUAUGAUGAUGCCGUUGUUGCUAUCCAAUCAUUAAAUGGCUACUCACUCAAUGGCCAAGUCUUGCAGGUCAGUUUCAAAACAAACAAGAGUAAAUCUUAAACUAAUUAAAAUCUAGUCAAUAAAUUAUAGUUAAUAGAAAAAUGUUGAUCAUUACCAUAGUCAUGGUUUAACAUCGGUGUAAAUCGGAACAUUUUGAAUGAAUGGAUGGUAAUCAUGGCACAUCCAUUGGAAUGAAGUACAAACAUAUUCAUAAUGUUGCAGUAACAAAGGAUGCUGUAGCUGAAGUUUUAUGUAACAAAAGACCUGUGUAUUAUUUUUUUAUAUUUAAACCAGAUUUAUAGCAUUUUCAUAAAGAAUUUGGUAAUAAUAUUCAGAACAUCACAACUGCAUUGAAUAAUGUAAUACUAAUUACAUUGCAUGAGAUGUACACAUGAGUUGUAAACCAACAAUAUUUUUUUAGUUGUAAGUUAUAUUGCUAUCACAGAGUUUGUAUUUUUCAUUUAUUUCUUGUUCUUAUUUCUGAGACGUUAAGUGUCACUAGGUCUACUUUGCUCUCCCAUGUCAAAUUGUGAGUUUAUAGUGGUUGUGAUAAAAUAUUCCCAACUAGUGGGUUAAUAUUGUUAUUCAAUAUCAAUGUACAAUAUUAACCUUUUUAAUUGGUAUAGAAAUGGAAAAAGUACAUAUGGUGUCACAAGAGACCCUUUGCAAAUGAUAUAAAAUCAAUUUUACUUAAACAAAUGGGUAACAAAUUUACUUAAACAAUGGGUAUAUGAUGUAAAAAUAAUUUCACAUGGGAAAGCCAUUAAUAUGCUUUUAUUACAAUUUUGUAAUUAAUGGUCUAUUCCGAAAGUGCUCAAUGGAAGCAUAAAAAAUGAUAAAGGUAAGUAAUACAGAGAAAUAUUUGUGUCAUUAUAGACUUACAAUCAGGCAAUAAUUAAUAUCUUAUCAGUGCAAUAAUGAAACUUUUUACUAUAAGUAAAAGUAUGUUAAAAAGAUUAUUUUAAUGAAAGCCAGUGCAAUUGUAACUAUCACACCCAAAUUACAGAAUUUGCAAUAAUAUUAUUGCUAUAUUGUAAUCAUUAACAUAUAUAGUAAUAUUGUAGGUCUACCAAAGAUGUCAAAAUAAUAUAUAUGACUGAUUAAUAGAUGUUCUUUGCUCUUUUUAUAAAGCAUAGAAAUAGAAUACUUCCAUAGCUUUACAUCACAUUAGUUUUGCAGUUUAAGAUUAUAAUGUAAUAUUUUAUAUUUAAAUAACUAAUCAAUAUAUUCUAAUCUGGAGCUUCACUUCUGCACAAAAUCAUAUUGAAACUUAGGUGAAAGUAAAAAUCAUUUAUAUUUACUUAUAGGACAUAAUUAGAACUUUCCUUAGUAUAUACUUAUAAUAAUGCUAACCAUUUAAGGGUUAAUUGACUAAAAGUAAUCUCAAUUUAAAUUAUGAAGUUGACGGACCAUGACAUGUAAACUAUUUGCUAUUGAUCAACAUUUUAUCAAAACUUCUUAAUUGUAACACUGAUGUACCAGUGUGAGUACACUAAGUGUAUGUAGUGAAAGUCAACAAUUAAACUGUGUCUUCAUAUUAUAUUAGAAGCCAGUUACGAAACUCAAAAACAAUAGCAUUUUCUUAAUGCCAAUGCAUUUGUACAAUCACUUACAAUUUUUCCUAAAAUAACUUUCACUCAUAAAUUAAAAUUCAUAUUUGACUUUCACAUAAUGAUAUUGUCUCUCUAAUUAAUUUGUAUAAUCAACGCUAUUUAUUAUUAUAUUUAAGUAAUUUUUCAAUUGAAUGUAAACAUAAUUUAUUAUAAUCAUAAUAGAUAUACUUAUAGAUUUCAUUUGAUGUUAUAAUUAAUAUAUUGAACACUUAGUGUAAGUUUGAAAUUAGUUGAGUAUUUCCUUACCCAGUAAUGGAUACCUACAUACACCUAUUUAAAUGAUUUGUAUUGUCCUAUUUAUUAUUAUAUAGUAGUCCUGUAUUACUAUUUACAUAGUUGAAAUAUUCAUAGAUAAUGUUAAAAGCAUAUCAUUUAUAAAAUCUGCAGAUUUUGGAAAUUCUAAAUGUGGGCUUGUAUGAUGCAUUUUGAAUAAGUACUUGUUUCAUUCAUAUUAUAUAUAUUUAAGGAUAAAUGUUUGAAUUUAAGAUUAAUUAUUUAUUAAAAGUACUUAACUAUGCAAACUAGUCACAUAUAUUUUGCGCAAGCUUAAUUUUCUAAGUACCUAUGUGUUAAGUAUUUAAAACUGUGUUCUCUAAUUUAAACAUAGCAUAGAUUUGAGUUUAAAUUAUGUUGGUGUGGUGUUUGGUUAACUAAGUAUCUGUAAUGUAGGAUUAUACCAUGAAACACACAAAACAACAAUAUUAUAAUGGUGUGUAACGAAACUAGUCAAAAGUAAAAUAUUAGCUCUGAAAAAUACUUAUUAAAUGGAAUGUGCUUAGUCUUUAGUCGCGUUGUACAUCCUUAAAAUAAAGUUGACAAUGAAAACAAAACUAAACCUAUGGUUUAGACAUUGAUAAAGUCUUAAGAAUGUUUAUACUAUAAGUUAACAAAUAGUAUGCUCAACUUACAUUAAUUUGUCGACUACUAGUAAUAACUAGUGGACGAUAUAGUAAAAUGUGUUAACGUCUACCUUACGAACUGUUGCAAAUGCGCCGGUCAAAUUGAUGUUUAUCUAUUGUGUCUCGAUUUUACUCGAUCGACGGGUUAAUUUAUUAUUAAUAUGUAUAUUUUUAAGGGUUGUAACAAUAUACCUAUUAUUUAUUAAGUAUAACAUGUACAAUUAUAUGAUGAACAAUUAAUAUCAACAUUUUUUUAUAAAUGUCUAUGUAACCAUUGUCAAACUAAGUUUGAGACGUCGACAAAAGAUUUUGCACUUCCAGAUAAGUUUGAUGUUGUGUCGUCCAUAAAAUGAAUACAUAGUACUUAUGUGUAACUCCACCGAAAUGUACGUUUGAUGUCAUUCACGCUCCUGUCCCAUUUUGUUUCGUUUACAUUUGACGAAAAUGCGACUCAUAUAAACUGGUUUAGCGAGAUCUCUUGUAGGAAGGGUAUACACUCUCUGAAAUCAUACUAAUAUCGAUCGGGCGCCAAGCGUUCUAGUAUCUUCGCAAAAAUUACGCCGAAUUUCAAGGCGGACUUGAAGCUAGCCUUUGAUGCAAUAUAAUUUAAGAAAUAAUUUUAUGUAUAUGACUCGCAAUUCCGUCAUUAUUAUCGUUAUUUUGUGUCGAGAGACCGUAUUUUGUGUUAGAAUAGUUUCAGUUUAAUCGACUAACUUUUUCCUUUGUUUAGUGUAUUACUUAUUUAUCCAUUUAACUUUGGUUUAAUUUCUUUUUGUUUUUUUCGUUUUACAUUGGGCAGGUUUGGGUAAUGUAAGUUUGGCCUAGGACGUAGAUAGAGGUAAUUAAGACAGAGUACAAAUUGCCGAUCGUGAAAAUAAAUGUUUGGCUUACUUACAUUUAAUUUUUACAUAAUGUCAACGAAUGUAAUCUGAUGUAGGAAAUAUUGAUAGACAUUAAAUAUUGACAUUAGCAAUAAUAUA